AGAACUCAAGUACACACACAGUACAGUACAGCAACCCAGACCCAGAGCCCCUCUCCUCCCCCGACCGCAACCCUCGCUAAGAAGAAGUGAGAAGGAUAUAACUUGAAGAUGGACUACGAAUUCUUGAGGAAUGGUCUUGAUGAUCAUAUGGAGUUUCAGAAGCACUGUACUCUGUUCUUAGAGCGGAUGAGACACAGCUCCUCCUUUGAGCUGGUUCAGAGAGUAAAGACGUUUGUCAACCAGUUCUAUGGUACACAGGGAUCUGCAGAGGAGUACUCACACGUGAUUAGAGACUUCGUGGAGGAGACGUCCCUGAGCCUGAGAGACCACCCUCUGUGGCGUGACGAGGGAGAGGAGGAGAUCAAGUGGGCAGUGGAAGGAGUGGAGAAGUUCUUAAUGACCAAGCUGUACAAAGUAACCUUUUUCCUACCAAGCUCAACUGACGAGGAAGAUGAUGAGAAGUUCUUCACUCGAGUAAGAACACUUCAGUUCAUCCAACCAAAACAUCUCGACAUCCCUGACAGACCUCUAAAUAAAAUAGCUUUAGAAAUGGCCACAGAGGAGCUUGCGUAUGCUGACAGUGACAAGAUGAACUCACCAAGGGAAAAAUUGACAUGCAUUCUCAACUGCAUUACAGUCAUCACAAAUCUGUUGAAACAUUACUCACAAGAAAAGGGAACAGGAGCUGAUGAUCUCCUCCCAUACAUCAUAUACACUUUAUUGCUGCUGUCUCCAAAACACAUGUACUCCAACCUGAGAUUCAUCAAUCGCUUUAGGAGAGAGUCAGAAAUGAAGAGUGAAGCAGGUUACUACUUCACACAAAUGGAGAGCGCUGUGAUGUUCAUCAUGGAGGUACAGCAUCGCAACCUGUCUCUCUCCCAGGAAGAGUUUGACAGAGGCAUGAGAAGUUCUGAGGAGCUGAUUCAAUCUGGGCUCGACUUGCCGACCUUUGUCACCUCAUCGGCUCGUCCUAAGAGGCCCCACUCCUCUUCCAUCAGUGCACCUGACACCACCUCCCCGAUGGUGGCUAGACGGGCCAACGUUAUACAAGAGUGGAACAAACUCCAGCGGACACACUCCAAGUCAGGGAAGGAGAAGGGAGAGCCAGCCAAGCAAUGGAACGGCCCCAAACUGUCCGACCAUUCUUUGGAGAGACCCAGGAUGAGCACAGGGAGAGGGGAGACCACUGACCCGGCCACACUCAAGCACUUGGACAAGAAAGUAUUGUCCUCAAGAUUUGAAGACAUGACAGUUGCUGACCUGAGGCAGAUGUUCACUAACUACCAAAUCUUGGUGAAGAAACCAGGACAACACGAAUUAACUGAACCCAUCUCUUGAUGUAACUUUUGUAGUUAUAAGUUGACUUUUUUUUUAUGCUUUACCAUACUGGUUGUGUAUAUAUACUGGUUGUAUACUAGCCUCCUUCACAAGGCCUCAAAUGCGGCCUGGAAUCAAGGCUACUUGUAUACAUGCUGCUCAUGUUGACACUUGCAAUGAAUGUUUGCCAAUUUGG